GUUUUCUCCAAAAUCUUCAGCCAUGAAGCACUGGAGAGCUAUCUCCCCAAGAUCCAGCUGGUGAUCAAAGACACCCUUCGAGCCUGGAGCAGCAACCCCGAGUCCAUCAACGUCUACCACGAGGCCCAGAAGCUCACCUUCCGCAUGGCCAUCCGCGUCCUGCUGGGCUUCCGCAUCCCUGACGAGGAGCUCAACCGCCUCUUUGAGGUCUACCAGCAGUUUGUGGAGAAUGUCUUCUCCUUGCCCGUGGAUCUGCCCUUCAGCGGCUACAGGCGGGGCAUCCGGGCACGUGAGACACUGCAGAAGGGGCUGGAAAAAGCCAUCCAGGAGAAACUGCAGAACACGCAGGGCAAGGACUACGCUGAUGCACUGGACAUCCUGAUCGAGAGCGGCAAAGAGCACGGCAAGGAGCUGACCAUGCAGGAGCUGAAGGAUGGCACCUUGGAGCUCAUCUUCGCCGCCUACGCCACCACCGCCAGCGCCAGCACCUCUCUGAUCAUGCAGCUCCUCAAACACCCCCGGGUCCUGGAGAAGCUGCGGGAGGAGCUGCGCAGCAAGGGCAUCCUCCACAACGGCUGCAUCUGCGAGGGCUCCCUGCGCCUCGACAACAUCAGCAGCCUCCACUACCUGGACUGUGUCAUCAAGGAGGUGCUUCGCCUCUUCACCCCCAUCUCCGGGGGGUACCGGACGGUGCUGCAGACCUUCGAGCUGGACGGUUUCCAGAUCCCCAAAGGCUGGAGCGUGAUGUACAGCAUCCGGGACACCCACGACACCGCCCCCGUCUUCAAGGACGUGGACAUCUUCGACCCCGACCGCUUCGGGCAGGGUCGAAGCGAAGACAAGGACGGCAGGUUCCACUACCUCCCCUUCGGAGGAGGCGUACGGACCUGCCGCUUCGAGCUCGCCACCAGGACUUUCCCCAAAAUCACCCUGGUGCCCGUGGUCCACCCGGUCGACGGACUGAAGGUUAAAUUUUUUGGACUGGAUUCCAACCAGAACGAGAUCCUGACGGGGACAGAUGCCAUGCUGGGGGCGACGGUGUAA